CAAAACUCACACUCUCUCUUUAAUUUGAGCCCUUUUUCCAUUUUUGUCAGAGAGAAAACAUGGAGAAUAAUGUGGGAAGCCAAACAAAUUACAUAAAAGAUGAGGUGGAAGCUCCUACAAAUAUCACAAUCAAAGGGAUUCUUGGCUUGUUAAUAGGCAGUAUCAGUGAAAAUGAAGGUGAAGGGAAUAAGAGGGAAGUGAUUUCACUAGGAAUAGGAGAUCCAACUGCUCAUUCUUGCUUUCAUACAACUGCUGCUGCUAAAGAAGCUGUUGUUGAGAGCCUUCUUCUUGACAAAUUCAAUGGCUAUUCUCCCACUGUUGGUCUUCCCACUGCUAGAAAGGCAAUUGCAAGUUACUUGUCGAGCGAUCUUGCGUAUGAUUUAUCACCAGAAGAUGUGUAUGUAACAGCUGGUUGCACACAAGCUAUAGAAAUUGCAGUAUCAAUACUUUCACGACAUAAUUCUAAUAUUUUACUUCCAAGGCCUGGUUUCCCAAUUUAUGCACUUUGUGCUGCUUUUAGAAAUGUUGAAGUUAGGUACUAUGAUCUUGUUCCUGAGAAAAGUUGGCAAGUUAAUUUGAAGGCCAUUGAAGAUUUAGCUGACCAAAAUACAAUUGGCAUUGUUGUUAUAAAUCCUGGAAAUCCUUGUGGAAAUGUCUACUCGUACGAGCAUUUGGAGAAGAUAGCAGAAACAGCAAAGAGACUUAAAACUGUGAUAAUAGCAGAUGAAGUGUACGGACAUCUUGCUUUUGGAGAAGCCCCUUUUAUAUCAAUGGGAGUAUUUAGUUCAAUAGCACCAGUGCUUACUCUUGGUUCUUUAUCUAAAAGAUGGUUAAUUCCUGGUUGGCGACUUGGUUGGUUUGUCAUUAACGAUCCUAAUUGCAUCUUUAAAAGCCCUAAGAUUAUUGAACGUAUUAAGAAGUAUUGCGACAUAUGUGGAGGCCCUGCAACUUUCAUACAGGCAGCAGUUCCCACCAUUAUUGAAAACACCAAAGAGAGUUUCUUCAGGAAUACCCUCAAAAUGCUUAAGAAAAAUUCAGAUAUCUGUUAUGAGAAAAUACUGGAGAUUCCAUGCAUCAAUUGCCCUUAUAAAUCGCAAGGCUCAAUGGUAGUUAUGGUGAAGCUCAAUGCAGCCCUCCUCCAAGAUAUAAGUGACGAUAUUGACUUCUGCUUUAAGCUUGCCAAGGAGGAAUCUGUCAUUUUACUGCCUGGAACUGCUGUGGGGCUGAAGAAUUGGCUCCGAAUCACAUUUGCAGUUGAAUCAUCUUUUCUGGAAGAAGGAUUAAGGAGGCUGAAAUCUUUUUGCCUCAGGCAUUCCAAGCUCAAAAUAAUGAAUUAAUUAAUUGAUGCUUUUUCUUUACAAAGCAUAAUUAAUUAAAUUUCCUUUUCUUUACAGUACUGUUUCAUAUUUAUUGUUGUAACGGCUCAAUAUCGUCGCCCUCUUGCUUUGUAAUUCUUCAUUCAAAUAAUCAACUUAGAGUAAAAAUAAUAGUGCCGAAAG